AUGGGGUUGCCGAAUCGGGCUCAACAUGCGCAAAACUUCCUGAAUCCUUACAUAUAUGACCCGUCUUACCCUCUCGCCAUAACAGGGGCGAUUCUCGUACUAUUGGUCUCUGCAUAUUCUCUUUACCAGUACAUCCGCCUCAAGGCGUAUUUCUUCUGGGCAGCCAUCAUCGCCAUUGUCAUGCUCGACCUGGGGUUCAUAUGCCGUCUGGUAUCUGCCUAUGACGAGCACAAAGAGUCGCCCUUCCUUGCCUCCUGGCUCAUGAUCCUGCUCGCGCCCAGUUUCCUCGCUGCAGCGUGUUAUACUGCAUUCAGUCGUGUUGUGUGGUUUUCCUGCCCAACCUACGCACUCAACUUCAAGACGCUGUGGUGCUUUCCCAGAUACAUCACCGCCACUUUUGUGUCCUUUGACCUUUUCAGCUUUAUCAUUCAACUUGUGGGCGCGAGUCAAAUCAGCCGGCAAUACGACCAAGAUACGCAAGGGAACCGUACUAUCGCUUCGUCGGAACGGCAAGCACUACCUGGCAGGAUUAUCCUGAUUUUGGGGCUGGUGCUGCAGGUGCUGUGUUUCCUCAGUUUCUCUAUCAUCAGUAUGCGGUACUUUUACAUUAGCCGGCACUGGGCUGCUCAUGACUUGGGAGAUCUGCACCUUUGGCGCAAGUUGGGAUAUACGAUAAACCUCUCCUCGGUCUUGAUCGCCUUACGAGCGCUCUACCGUACUAUCGAGAUACCCCAUGAUCGCAACUAUGGGUUAUUGUACCUGCAGAGCCACGAAUGGUGCUUCUGGGUGUUUGACGCUGCUCCAGUACUCGCUGUACUAGUCGUGUUUGCUGUGUGGCAUCCGGGUCGUUAUCUACCCAGAAGCUAUACGGGAUGCAAGUUGGACAAGGGCAGGGCUGUCAAAGAGAAGGAUGAGAUCAGUUCGAUGAAUGGGGGUAACGGUGGACAUGGCACCGAGUUGAGAAACUUCAAACCUGAGGAUUUCCAAUCUGGGAGGGCUGCGACGAACGUAUAG